AUGCAAUUGAGACGACAUUCUAUUACUUGUCCAUUGGGUACAAAUUUACCGCAUUAUUUAUACAGCCAAGAUGAAGCGAAAGCCAAGAAUUUAGCAAAGGAUAUGUUGGUCCUUGAAGAUUUUAUCACUCAAGAAGAGGAAGAGUUGUUAUUUAGUGAAAUUCAGCCUGCCUUUAAAAGGCUAAAAUAUGAAUAUUCGCAUUGGGAUGAUGCAAUUCAUGGCUUUCGAGAAACUGAAAAAACAAAUUGGUCUUCUGAAUGUAAUAGUAUAAUCGCUCGAGUUAGGGAAACUGCAUUUGAUAGCAAUGAUCAAAUCAUGCCUUUUGUGCAUAUCUUGGAUCUGGCUGAAAAUGGUUACAUUAAAGCACACGUCGAUAGUAUCAAGUUUUGUGGUAGGACAAUUGCUGGUAUUAGUUUACUAUCGGCUAGUAUUAUGAGACUUAAGCUGGAUGGGAAGCCAGAUGAUAUUCCUGUUGACAUUUUAUUACAACGAAGAUCAUUGUACAUAAUGAAAGAUUCUGCACGUUACGACUAUACACAUGAAAUCUUGAAGGAUGAAGAAUCGCAUUGGAAAGGAGUGCAUAUACCACGUAGUAGAAGAAUUUCUGUUAUACGAAGAAUUGAACCAAGCAAAUAG